CCAAAAGGAUUACACCCAGUCAGCCGUGGUGGUGUGAGCAUGCGCGGCUUUUGUUGUGAGCUGGGGAGGGGACAAAACUGGAGAAGAGACAACAGGCAAAAGAGACUCAGCAUCCAUUGUUCUGUUGUUCUCUGAGUGGCAGAAAAUCAUGGGAAGUGUUUUCCUGUCACCAAACCAAGCCAACUCAGUUCUGAAAAGGUUCCCAAGAGCAAACGGCCUGCUUGAAGAAAUAAAACAGGGGAACAUUGAGCGGGAAUGUCGGGAGGAAACCUGCUCCUAUGAGGAAGCAAGAGAGGCAUUUGAAAACGAUGAAAAAACAAGGGAGUUUUGGUACGAAUACAGUAAGGAAUUGAACGGCGACAACGGUUUCAGUGUAGAUGGAAAUCGCUUCCAUUCUGUCUACCUUAUCGUCCCCCUCCUGGCAGGCCUCCUUGUGAUAAUCGUUGUCUUGGUAGCUAUUUGGCACUGCCACUCCCGAAAGAUGUUUCAAAGAGGGACCACUUUCAGCGAGCGGAGGCAUCAACGGAGCCAGGCUGACAGAAGCAUGUCUCUGGUAGACAUGGAUCAUCGAGGCCACGUCUCUUACCAUCCUGGCACUUCUCCUCAAUCUGACAUGAGCACAAGCAGCGGCCUAACCGCGGCAUCCCCUGCAUACAUGGGGGCGGAUCUGGCGCCAGGGAGACUGUCAAAUGGAGAGCCGCCCCCUUCAUAUGAAGAAGCCACAGGACACACUGAUGUUCGGAUUGAAACAGCAGGGCCACAUACAGAUCUGCCUCCCCAGUACGAGGACAUAAUUAACACCAGUGUGACUGUAAGCAAUGUGAAAUAACUAGCUGUUGAUAAGGUUUGUCUUUUUACCAAAAGUCAGUAUAUUUAAGCACUUCAGAACUAAUAUUAUAAUAAUUAUAUAUAUUUCUUUUAAUAUGACCAUUUCCCCACACAGUCCUGGGAAUAAGGCUAGCUGCAUGUACUGUAAAUGCCAGCAUUUCAGUUAUGUGACUACUCUGUAAUCUGUUGAAGAUUGUAAAUAACAAAGUUUCAGAUAGAAAAUAAAAAAAAUAAAAAAAAUGUAAAAGUUAGGCUAGAAAUUAAUUGUAAAGCCUUUAUGCAUAGCACUGUCAAAAAAAGACAUUUUAACUGCUGGAGUAUGCUUUAAAACAAAUGAAACUGUGAAGGUAUAGGCUGUUUUGUGUUAUAAUUCAUGUCUGAAGUAGCCAAUAACUCCCUUGAACAUUUUAAAGUUCAAAAGACCCACUUUAGCACAAACGUUUUUAAAAUCAAAGAGGAACAUCAGGUGCAUAAUGCAGUUCCAAUGUUUGAGUGAGUGUUAGCCCACCACAGGUCACAGCGUUCUAUUGUUAAUAGACAAAUACUGCUGCCAUUAAAAUAAUUCAAGCAGUAUUUAAUAUUCCUAGUCUGCACCACCAUUGGGUAAUGUUUUAUGUAUAGCCAAUCCCCCCAGCCAGGGUCUUAUAUAAUUUUUGUGUAUCUUGAGCAUUUUACCUAGAUCAGGUACUGGAUUUCAGAUAUACUAAAACUUAAUUUGCAUUUUAAUUUCAGUUAAGGAAAGCUUAGUCAAGUCAAACAUUUAAAGUCAAACAUUUGCCAUUUUGAAUUUUCAAAUGUUCUUCUAGAUUUUUGGAUUUGGUCUUUGUUGCAAUGGACUGUCCUGGUAGCUCUACCAAAUCUCAGUUUCCUAACAAAAUAGUACAGUAUUAGCUGCUAAUGCUUUGAAAUCUUAAUAUUGUGUCUGAAGAGUCUGUCUCCUAGGUUUCAAUAAAGUAUUAAACUUGUUUUUAAUCAAAGCACAAAAAACUGAAGGAUAUUUAAUACAACCUUUGUUGCAUUGAAACAACUAAUGACUAGUUGAUUUAGAAAAUGAUAUAGAUGUAUCACAUUACUAAGGGUUUGACGUGCAGGACUGUUUAUGCAGAUCCUGGGCUGCAUUGAGAAGAAAGCAUUAUUCAGCUGGCAAGUUUGCUAUGCUAAUACUUUAUGAAUAUGGCCCAAGGAAACAUACACACUAGACAUUAAGACCUUUUCCCAGGUCUCGGUUAAAUAUUCUCAUAAUGUUUAAAUGCAUGCAAAAAUGUAACAAUUCUAAACUAAGACCUAAGAUUUCUAACUACCAGAGUUUAAAGUAGGGAAUAGCCUGCUGUACUCUAAAACCUACUUAGACCUCCAAUGAUCAGGGUUGCCAGUGCAUAGAUGUAAAGGGGGAGGGGUCUUAACAGUGUAGGAAUACUACUGCUUUGGUGUUUGGGAAUUUCACAAUGGUAAAGCUUGCUAUUUAUUAUUUGACUCUGGAUUUCUGCAAAAUGAAUACAUUGAGCUGAGAAGCAGGUGGUCAGAUUGCACGUCAGCAUAAAGCACUUUCAAUUUAUAGUUUGGAUUAUAGUUUUAAUCAAUCUUUGAAAAAAAAAAUGCUAUGAAUGGGCAAAUUCAUUUGUUCAUAACUUCUGGUUCUUGAAAACAACCAAACCAAAAUAAAAAAUAACAGUAAGUAUCUUUUUGUUAAAUGCACACUAUAGCUGAUAUUUUCUAAGCCUGGUUGCAGUACAAUAACCUUCAUGUAAAAUUAGUGAAAUACUGUAUUUUUAUAGGUGAAUUUUGUGGUUAAAGUUUUGCUAAUGUGUAUGAGUGUUAACCCAAUAAUUGUUUUCUCAUUUGUUUUUUGUUUGUUUUUUGUCUGGUGAAUGUAUUUAUGCAUAUUUAUCAUAUAUUCUGCCAUAAUGUAUGAUAGUGUGAGCAGCUGGGAAUAAUAAUUUCCAUUUUAAAACAAUUUCUGCGGCUUUGUGUGACUGUAUAACUAUUUCUAACCAAUGGGGUAGAAAAAAUGAAGGCAUGUACAAAAGUUGUAAUUGCUAGCUUUACAAAUGUUAUUUCAUGUUUACUUCUGUUUAUGUAUAAAAAUGUUAAAUAUUUGUGAAUUGACCCUACUAAUUCAUACUGGAUUACAUUUCAAAGGUGAUUUAACAUAUUGUAGCGUGCACAGGGGGAAGGCAGCAACAGGGCUGGUAGGCGACGUAAUCAUGCAUGAAGACAUAAGCCCGAUAUACACUCCUUGCAAAGGAGCCGGCUGUUUUGUACAGCAGUGUCGGCGCUAUGCUUUAUUGCGAGAGGCCCUAGGUUCGUGCCCGCUGUCCGCUUGUGUGAUGCGCCUGUGUGAUGCGCCUAUGUGAUGCACCUGCCUGCAUUAUCUGAGAUCGCUACAAUAUGGUUGACAUUUUCUUUGCGAGUCAAGCUUAGGGGGCAUGGGGUUGGGUGUGGGGGUGGAGGAAUAUAAUAUAUGGUCAUAUAUACUGGAUAACAAAACUUUUUUUUUCGUUUCUGUAAUCAAACUGAGGUGUCAGAAUUAAUUACCAUAAAAUGCAGUGUAAGUUGCAUUCAUUAAAAGACGUGUUUGUGAAGUGCCUUAUUUCAUAAACUAAAUUGAAUUUGUAAAAAAUGUAUUAAAAAAAAUAAAUAACUGAAAUAUUUAUAGGAAAAAUGUUGCUUGAAUCAAUUUGCUAUAAAAUGUAUUCCAAAACCCA